CUGUAUUACAAAAUGGGGGACCCAAACUCCCGGAAGAAACAAGCUCUGAACAGACUUCGUGCUCAGCUUAAAAAGAAAAAAGAAUCUCUAGCUGACCAGUUUGAUUUCAAGAUGUAUAUUGCCUUUGUAUUCAAAGACAAGAGGAAAAAGUCAGCGCUCUUUGAAGUGUCUGAAGUGAUACCAGUCAUGACCAAUAAUUAUGAAGAAAAUAUCCUGAAAGGUGUGCGGGAUUCCAGCUAUUCCUUGGAAAGUUCCAUAGAGCUUCUACAAAAGGAUGUAGUACAGCUGCAUGCACCCCGCUAUCAGUCUAUGCGCAGGGAUGUGAUUGGCUGUACACAGGAGAUGGACUUCAUACUUUGGCCUCGGAAUGAUAUUGAGAAGAUAGUUUGUCUUCUUUUUUCUAGGUGGAAGGGAUCUGAUGAUGAGCCCUUUAGGCCUGUUCAGGCCAGGUUUGAAUUUCAUCAUGGGGACUACGAAAAACAGUUUCUGCAUGUACUGAGCCGAAAGGACAAGACUGGAAUUGUUAUCAACAACCCUAACCAGUCAGUGUUUCUCUUCAUUGACAGACAGCACUUGCAGACUCCAAAAAACAAAGCUACAAUCUUCAAGUUAUGCAGCAUCUGCCUGUAUCUGCCACAGGAGCAGCUCACCCACUGGGCGGUUGGUACCAUAGAGGAUCACCUCCGUCCUUACAUGCCAGAAUAGGGUACUGGCCAGCAAAAUGGGAAAGAUCACAGAAUGCAGUUUUCACCUUUCUCGCCAUUUGUUAUUUCGGAAUAGAAGAAAAUGGACACAUGUUCAGAACACUAUCCAUCGUGGAACUUGAUCAUCCUGGAUUAUUUUCUUUUAUCAUUUGUAUCUCAGAACUUUAAAUUUUUUUUUAGAUGUUUUCUGCAUGGACUUUGUGAAAGAGAAUGCUCUGCAUAUUUCUGCAUUGCAUGGGCAUCCUACCAAAAUGUGAAAUGAAGGGACUGUUAUACACUGAAAGGAAUGUAUCUGAGAGCACAAAGUGAUCAUUUAUGGUGGUGUUCCCAUUUGUGCUGGCCACGUCCCCCAGUAUCAGUAUUCAUAGGGUGAGAAGUGAACAUAAUGGUGCAAAGGCCUUAUAAGCUUUGCUGUUAACAUGAUUGUCUCAGAGCUCUGUCAGAUUCAUUCUGAUAAUAGUUCUAUGGCUGUUGCAGUAGAAGGCUAAACAUGGGAGAGAAAUCUUACAAAGAAAAAAAGCAUCUCAUUUGGUAUAGGCAUUAACUGCCUCUUUUAUUUUGCUUGGCCAUGUUUGCAUUUACUGGCAUUCUCAUUUUGGAUCUCUUUCCCCAGUUUGCUGUUAUAACUAAAUGUAGAGUGUUCUGUUGAGUUGAAUACAUUUUUACAGACCUGGAGUCUGAAGUAGCCUAAAGCAGCUAAAUUUAAAAAUAGCAGCUGCAGAAACUCUGUUGGCAGAGGAUUUUUUUUCCUGAGAGUUGACUUGUAAACUUGCUGGUGAACUGUGUAGGAAAUUCUGGUUUCCAAAACAUUUCUUACGGAAAACCCUCUGAGGUUCUUGGGGUGGGGGUGGGGUGGAGUAAAAUACUCGAAAGCAGUUGUGGAUUUAAUUGUAAAAUAUUAUUUGGAGUGUCAAAAUUGGUUUUGACAACAUUUUGUUAAAGAUUGUGCAAUGAACAUAAGGAAGACUACUGCAUAGUUUUGGCAAAGAAUGCUUUGCUUAAGGAUUGAGUAAUUUACUGAAGUAAAUCUGUAUAAGCCUAUUCCCUUUGGGUAAAACUAGUGCUUAUCUGUUUAAAAAAAAUCUGUAUUUAGCUUUUAUUUGAAAUUGGGAAAAAUUGGAAAUAAACAAAUUAGGUGAACAGCGACUGCAAUGCUUAUUUAUAAAGAUCAUUUUGCUUAGAAUGCUUAUUUCAUUCUUCAAACAGAAAGUGGUUUGCAGUAAUGUCAAAAUAAGAGAGAAAAUGCAUAAUAUAAACCACUGAUUGAAAUAUAAAAGCUAUGAUUUUAUUCUGUUUCUUUUAACUGCACACUGUCAGUCAUGUAAGUAACAACAUGUUUACAUUUAUUUAUGUGGACGUGCAUAGUGACAGUAGCUAUUCAAAAUACAAUGCCUGUCAUAAAACACAUUAGAUGUAUUGCACCAGAGAGUCUUAGCAGGAAGAUUCAAGAAUUGGUUUAAUUAGCACCUACAACUGCUAAUUUGAGUAAAUUGGGCUGUAUGAGGGAAGUAUAAGUGUAGUGGAACAACCUAUAUAAAGUUAGUGCUGUGUUUAUUUCAUUCAAACCUUGUGCUGAAGAAAUGGGGAGUUAUGAUGUGGUCAAUCCUGAUUCCAGUUACUCAGAGUUUGACUGUUAUGGUUCAUUUAACAUCGCAUUGUACGUCUUGAAAGCAAUUGAAGAUCCUGCCCUUUCUGAGUACGUGUGUUCUCUUUAAUGGUCCCGUUCAUAAUUACAAGUUAUUCUUUCCACUACAACCCAUGUCACCAAAGUGAACCAGGGUAUGAAGCAGUAUUUUGUUGCAAUUAUGGUACAGCUAGCUAGACACUCCUAAUUCACAAGAUGGUAAGUAACAAACUAAAGACUGGCUGCAUAUGGAUGAGCUGUCAUUCUGAAGCAUCUUAGUCAUCUUUGUCAACAUGUGAAGUGGCAGAUGAUUCUACCACCCCUCAAAUGCAAAGGUACAAU